AUGUCCACAGUACCAUAUGUGUGCGCCAGGUGCCUUCGCCAGUCAAUUAAUCGAUCUGUGAGAUUUUCGAGGCGGCAGCUGCGCCUGCAAUCUACUUCCGCUCCCGUCCACGCCAUCUCGCCUACACUCCUCUCACGAGCCCGGGCCGUCGCGGACGAGUAUGCGAGCAUCUCUCAGCGUCUCGCCAGCGACUACGAUGCGAAAGCAGCAAAGCGCCUCGGCGAGCUCCAGUCCACAUCGGCCGCCGUGAAGGAGUAUGACAAGGCGCAUUCUGCGCUCACGGAAUUAGAAUCUUUACUCCAUUCACCAGACAAGGAGUUACGGGAUCUAGCAGAAGACGAUGUUCAGCCUACGAGAGACCGGAUAGAGCAGGCAUCAGCGGCUCUUAGGUCCAGCUUAAUACCCGUCCAUCCAUUUGCGCACCUGCCAUGCCUUUUGGAGAUACGGCCAGGUGCUGGCGGCGACGAGGCUGCUCUAUUCGCUGGUGAUCUGUUGCACAUGUAUGAGGCCUACUGCACUCGCCAUGGUCUGCGAACGGCACGGUUAAAGUUCGAAACUGCAGACGGCAUGGUCUCAAGUACUGGAGCAGGUGGCACGCACCUUCAAGAAGCCAUAUUAUCUGUAGAAGAUGCAGGUGCAUAUGGCAAUUUGCGCUGCGAAGCCGGCGUGCACCGGGUCCAGCGUGUGCCUGCUACUGAGAGCAAAGGCCGCACGCAUACCUCAGCUGCAAGCGUCCUGGUCUUACCAUCUUUGACCUCGGAGAACGAUGGAGAGACUGGCGAGGACAGCUUCAACAACCCGAAGAGCGACUACUACGUCGACCCGAAGGAUGUUACUACCGAAGUCAUGCGCGCAAGUGGUGCAGGAGGCCAACACGUUAACCGCACCGAAUCCGCCGUCCGACUCACGCACAUUCCGACCAAAACAGUCGUAGCGAUUCAAGAAACCCGUUCGCAGAUCCAAAACCGGGAGAAAGCGUGGCAAUUGCUCCGGUCACGCAUCGCGCAACAACGGCGCAAUGAGCGGGAGGAGGAGAUUGCUCGCCUGCGACGCGGUGCCGGCGCAGGCCGGGUUGGUAGAGAGCACAAGGUCCGAACAUACAAUUGGGGCCAGCAGCGCGUUAGUGACCACCGCAGUGGCCUCGACUUGCGCAAUCUGGAUGAUGUGAUUGCCGGGGGUGAGUCACUUGAUCGGGUUAUGGAGAGCGUGAGGGCGUGGAUGGCGGAGCAAGAGGUGAUCGGUCUGGUCGCUGAGGAGGAGAGUAAGCAGAGCAAAGUGUAG